CGCUUCUGUUCGUCGGUCUGGCCAGCAGAGAGUAGGUACUCUGACUGAGGAGGGAGUUGCUAGGUGGCGUUGGCGGCGCUACAUCUGCGUUUUCUGUAAAAUCUGCUACAUUCCGCCCGCAUAUUCACGCAGCAGGUGUUAUUUAGCAAACGGAGGAGCUGUGAAAGCCGCCAUAAAACAAAACCAGCGCUACUGUCGCACGUUUUGGGAAGCUUCACCAACGGCUGUGUGUGUGUGUGCGCGCGACGCUUGAGGGGACUGCAGGAACCAACUGCACCUUUUUCUCCAGAAACUUCAUCCGCUUGCGCCAAUGAACCGCAUUUACCUGAACGCCUUUAAGCUCAGUUUUUAAAAAAAGUGGGCUGUUUUAUUUUUAAUUUUUAUUUUUCACCCGCCUUACAAGGUAUGGGGAUGAAAGAGACAUGUUUAUGCGUACAGUAAAGGUGUAAUUACCCAACACUUGCAAACAUGGCUGCUGUGGAAACAGCAGAGGGAAAAGUUUAACACUGACGUGGGAGAAGUUUAGAGCAUUCAUGAGCUGCUGACCGCCCGGUAGAAUGGUAGGCUCUCGUCCUUAGUGUGGUACCGCCGUUUCUGGACUUCCAAACCGGCGACGGGACUGUGUCGGAGCCGCCACCUCGUCCGUAGGUUCCACAGAGUCACCCGCAGCGGACUUUACUGGGAAACUGUGGUGCCCUCCUCGCCAUCCCAGGCUCCACUGGAGGCGUUCAAGGACUAAAUCUACUGGCUGCAGGCUGUCUUUGGAGCUAAAAUGCAUUUUUCCAUACCGGAAACGGAGGGUCGUUCGGGGGAGAACGGUUCAACCUAUGUGGCCUACAACAUCCACGUAAACGGUGUGCUGCACUGCCGGGUACGCUACAGCCAACUCCUGGGCCUCCACGAACAGAUGAAGAAGGAAUAUGGCAGCAAUGUGGUACCUACGUUCCCUCCAAAGAAGAUCUUCACUCUGACUCCUGCGGAGGUUGAGCAGCGGCGAGAGCAGCUAGAGAAAUACAUGCAGGCUGUUCGACAACAUCCUUUGCUUGGAGCCAGCGAGCUUUUCAACAGCUUCUUAAGGAAAGCGCAGCAGGAGACGCAGCAGAUCCCCACAGAGGAGGCGGCUCUAGACAUCUGCCUGUCCAACGGUCAGAAGAUUACGGUCAACAUUUUGACUUCAGAUCAGACGGAGGAUGUCCUUGAUGCUGCUGCAGCAAAGCUGGACCUCCCGGACGAGCUCGUGGGGUAUUUCAGUCUCUUCUUGGUCCGAGAAGGAGUGGAUGGAAAUUUAACAUUUGUCAGGAAGCUGCAGGACUUUGAGCUGCCUUACGUAUCGAUUACCAGCCUGCAGAGCUCUGAUUAUCACAUAGUCUUACGGAAAAGCUACUGGGACAUGGCGUACGAUGGGGAUGUGAUGGACAACAGAGUGGGUCUGAACUUGCUGUACGCCCAGACAGUGUCUGACAUUGAGCGAGGCUGGAUUCUCGUCAACAAAGACCAGCACAGGCAGCUGAAAUCACUGCAGGAGAAAGGCUCCAAGAAAGAAUACAUCCAUCUAGGCCAGACCCUGAAAUAUUACGGCUACUUAAAGUUUGAUCCCUGCAUCACGGACUUCCCAGAGAAGGGCUGCCAAGUCAUUGUCAGCGCUGGCAACAAUGAGCUCAAUUUCCACGUCAAGCUGCCCAACGACCAGAUGAAGGAGGGAAGCUUUAAGGUCACGCGGAUGAGGUGCUGGCGAGUCACGUCGUCUCAAGUCACCGUGUCAAACGGUACCAAUAAUCCCUGCAAAUCGGCAAAGUGUGAGGUCAAGCUGGAGCUCGCCUUUGAGUAUCUAAUGAGCAAGGAUCGCCUCCAGUGGGUCACCAUCACCAGCCAGCAGGCCAUCAUGAUGAGCACCUGCCUUCAGUCUAUGGUGGAUGAGCUGAUGGUGAAGAAGUCAGGUGGCAGUAUAAAGAAGAUGCUGAGAAAGAAACACAACGGCGCCAUCCAUCGGUCUGACAGUCAGCAAGCUGUGAAAUCGCCCCCUCUACUGGACUCCCCUGAUCCAAACCGAGAACAAAUCGUCAAACUCUCAACUAAGCUGAACUCGGUGUCUCUCCGAGGGAUCAGCGCGUCCAACUCUGCAAAUGAUAUCAGUGGCGACGACUUCCAUGGCAACUAUGCUUUCGAGGGAAUCGGGGAUGACGACCUGUAACGCGCGCCUCUUCGUCCUCCCAGUUGCUCGCGUCACGCGUCGACAUCCAAAGCAACAAAGAUUACUGAGCUGAACUGAGCCGAGCGAUCCACACGAGUCAUCCACGUCUGCAAGAUUGUAGCUUCUUCCUGGAGAACUUGCUGCCUUAAAGCUCCCAAUUACUCUGUCACCAUCCUUUUGCUCUUUUAGACUCACCAUUAGUUUUAGUUAUAAUCGUUCCAAUAAGAGUUUUUUUGUUUUGUUUUUUUUACUCUUAUUGAUCAACAUGAAGAAAACCGUUUUAAGUGGCUGCAUGUUCAUCUCCAACCACAGAGCCAAAAGUUUGUUGUAUAUGUGUGCGUGUGAUGUGCAGACCUGCCACUAGUGAUUAUAUCGCAGAAAUAGAGCUCGCGAUGAUCCAGCAAAUUCCAGCGAAUGUUUUCAGAUGUCUGUCGGAGCUGCAGAAGCGUCGAGAGCAACGGGUUCGCCACAUAGAUCAGUGUUUGGCUUUCCAAACCGUGCUUCUAAAAUGUUUCCUGCUACUCGUGUGCCAAGUUAGCAAAACGAAAACAAAAAAAAAGAAGAAAAAAAAGUAGUUUAUAGAAGAGGUGUCACUUCUACCGCCUUUACAAGUAGUCCGAUGCCUUAACUUAUCGUGCCAUUCGUCGUGGGUUGAGAGCAAACGUUUCCAACAACUAGAGUCUUGCAGAACUUGAUAGUUUUUUUUUUUUUACAUUUUUUUUUUCUUUUUAAUUGGUGGUAGAGCUGCUUGCACUUGCCGAACCCAUCAUUUUGCACAGUAUUACAAGUAGAGGUGAGCCGAGGCUCUUGCGUGAAUUUAAACAGUAACACCUGAAAAUCCAUUUAUUUUUGUUUUUGAGCAGUUUUUAAGGUUUCUCAUUAAUGCCAAAUUAUAGUUUACUAAAGCAUUUUGCACAAAAAGGAACAAAAAUUAUAACGUCACUUUUUAUAUUCUGUACAUGCCAGUAAGCAUUUAUUAAUAUCUGUAUCCUCGUUGCUUAUCGUAAUCAAGUAGCUUAAGUAUAAUCGAAGCUGUACAUGGACCAACAUUUAUCAUGUUUACGUGAUUCUUAGGGGGGGGCGUCUUAGUUCAAAUCGAAAGUGUUUACAAAUUUCUUGUCAUUUUUCUGUCUUGUUCUAUUCCGACAAAUGGUCCUGAGGGGAAUGUUCUCUGAAUUAUUGUGAUUUGCUGGUCGCUUGAAUCAUGUUGAAUGUUUAAGAUAAAACUAAAGGUGCUUCGAAGUGGCCAACGGUAAUCAGUCGCUGUGGAGAACAAAAUUUCUGCAGCGUCGGCAACAAACUGAACAUAUCCCACUGUUUUUUUUUUUUUUUUAAGAACACGUAUCUCUAUGUCGCCGCUGUUCUGUGUCUAAGUUGUGAGGACGCUAAAUGUAACUCAGUGCCAACCGAUCAACGGCUUUCUUCCUGUUGCUAACUGGAAUGACGGAUUUGUUCAAUGUUUCAUCCUUUCACUGCUGUGGUUCUUUUUACUUUUUCUGCUUUGUAUAGAUAGGUCAAUAUUGACAACAUAGGUCAUUUUCUCCUCUUCCCGUUAGUACGGGGCUCACAGCGCUGCAAAAUCCUGGGGGUUAGUAAAUGUGUACGUGCCAAAUCUCACUUUAAAGUGUUUUAUUUUUUUUUUUAAUCAGCAUCAUUUUCAACAAAUUUUUUUAUUUCAUGAAGAGAAAUCAUCAAAUGUCCAGAUGCUAAAAUAAAUGCUAAAAAUUCA